CUCCAGGUACCAUCCUUCUUCUUCACCAACAGCACAGGCGAGGAAAACGGGCUGGAGCUCGCCCGAAUUAGUCCCGCGGUCAUCAUUUCCUCCACCUGUCUCUCUAUCUCGGCCUUCUGGCUGUGAGCAUACCUGUAGGGUCGGACGUUAACUGCGUCUGUGCCCUCCUUCAGUCGAAUCUGAUGGUCAACCUGGUGCUUUGGGGGCAGCUGGUUUGGAUUCCCAAAUAACUAUGUCUCUACAUACCAGUCUAACAGUGCCUGUAAGUCCGGGGCUAGCGUCGACUGAUCGUGAGAUCCCAGUGGCCAGCAAAGCACAGCGAGCUCUACGUCGGCCUCCAGCUGCGGAUCGCCGCACUCGACCGGGCCGGUUGUCGUGGUCAUGCCCUGCAGCUCUCAAUCUUUGUCGCUCUACUUGAAUCGCAUAACCAUUUUCACCAAGUCACUAGUCACCGGGCCCAAACUCUUGAGCCAUGGCAUGCCCAAGAUCACAUCGAACCCCUAUAACGCCAGCACGUACAAGUCAAGAGGAACAUCUAACUCUUGGAUCUUGACGGAAACCCCUUCCAGCUUCGCUGUGCACCGCAGCGGUGUUCAAUUGGCGACCUUCACGUCAAAAGGAGCUAUGGCCACCUGGGAUGUGUGCAGUCGGCGCCCAAACUCUUCUCCCACGAAGUUGAGGGAGGCCCCGCUAUCAACGAGGCCCUCCGACCUGCGCCUUGAAGCGCAUCUUUGCCGACCCAGCAGCCGCAAUAGCGGCAACGGCGCAGAUGGUCUCCUGACCCGCGUCGCCUUCUUCCUCCUCCCCGCAGCUGCUGCCGACGCCAAGGACGCCGAGCCCGCGACCAGCUCUCCCCGAUCGCCAGCCGGCUGCCGCAAGCCUGUGCCGCGUUCUCUCCCUGCCUCCGCGACCUGUUUCUCCUCCCACGGCGCUUCUGUCGCCGCCAAGGGAGCCGAACUCGCGGCCAGCUCCUACGCCGCACCCGUCCCUCGCCGCAGGCCCGCGGCCACCCGCUCGAGCCGUGCGAUGACGUUCAGCAGGCGGGUCUCGAUCGGCGCCCCCUGGUCCCCAUCCUUGAGUCCUGUAGAACUCAUGUCGACGAGGCUCUGAUAUCAAUUGUGACAAACACGGAUAGUUGAGUAAAAUUUAGGAAUGAGA